AUGACAUUGAAUCAUGAUGUUCUGAGGAAUCUAUCGUUGACAAUACACCUCAAUGAGACUGAAUACGUGUAUUUUCUAAAUAUACCACCGCCAAGCUGCCCACCACCACCGCAGUCUUCAACAAUCCCAACAUCGGCCACGAAGUCCGAGAUGCGAGGUCCUCCACCUCAGUGGAAUCCUCCCCUGCCACCAUCCCUGAUUAACAAAUCAACCUCACCCGAAGCUGAAGAGUCACAGUAUGAAGAGGCUGAAGUGUCGGAUGAUCAACCGGUACAUCAUCAUGAUCAUGAAAAUUCGUUCAACGGUGCGAUUCCAAUAGCGAAUAUAAGCGGUGGAAACGCUUCGAUUGCCAGUCGAACAACAGUACCGCCGCCAUUCGGGGUAAUGAGUAAUAAUUACGAAAUAUCAACCUCACAACAGCGAAAUACGGCUGCGCGAGCUGCACGACUGGAGGCACCACGUGAUCGAAACUCGUCACCGUGGGACGAUGAAACAAGACAAAUGCUCGUUCAAAAUCCAGAGACCGGAAGUUUUUAUGUGCCCACUGGAUCAGGUAAAUCGUUUGAUUUGUUCACUCCAUUCAAAGAGAAAUCCUCCUGA